UAAGAACAUUCAAUAACAACAAGCUAUGUCAUGACGGCACAGAAAUGUGAAGUGUAACAAACAAAAUGUAAGAGUGUGUGUCUAUGGGCCUGGGGCUAUGGACCAGGAGUGCUGCGAGCGGGUGGUUAUCAACAUCUCCGGCUUGCGCUUCGAAACCCAAUUAAAAACACUGGCUCAGUUCCCUGCCACCUUACUUGGUGACCCCAGGAAAAGAAUGCGCUUCUUCGACCCUCUGAGGAACGAGUACUUCUUUGACAGGAACCGACCGAGUUUUGAUGCCAUUCUCUACUACUAUCAGUCUGGAGGCAGGUUGAGGAGACCCGUCAAUGUUCCUGUGGACAUCUUUAUGGAGGAGAUCAAAUUCUACGAGUUAGGAGAAGAAGUCAUUGAGAAUUUUAAGGAGGACGAGGGUUUCAUCAAGGAGGAAGAGCGACCUUUGCCCGAAAACGAGUUUCAGAGGCAGGUCUGGCUGCUGUUCGAGUACCCAGAGAGCUCUGGACCCGCAAGGGGCAUCGCAAUCGUCUCGGUGCUCGUCAUUUUGAUAUCAAUUGUAAUCUUUUGCUUGGAGACUUUACCAGAGUUUAGGGAGGACGGGAAAAUGUACGAGGAGCACCUCGCAUUCAAUGGAACUGCUAGUUCAAAGAAGCCCAAUCCAUUCACAGACCCCUUCUUUAUCGUGGAGACCCUUUGUAUAAUCUGGUUCUCCUUUGAAUUGCUCGUGAGGUUUCUCGCGUGCCCAAGCAAGCCCGCCUUCUUCAAGAAUAUCAUGAACACAAUUGACAUCGUGGCUAUUAUUCCCUACUUCAUCACCUUGGGUCUGGAGUUGGCCGAGCAUCAGGGCAACAGCCAGCAGGCGAUGUCUCUGGCCAUCCUGAGGGUCAUUCGUUUGGUGCGGGUGUUCCGCAUAUUCAAGCUGUCCAGACACUCGAAGGGGCUUCAGAUCUUGGGCAAGACCCUGCAAGCGAGCAUGCGAGAGCUGGGUCUCCUCAUAUUCUUCCUUUUCAUUGGAGUAAUACUGUUCUCCAGCGCCGUGUAUUUCGCCGAGACAGACGACCCCGACUCGGGGUUCAGCCGCAGCUACUAG